GCAUGGCGUAUACAUUGCAUAUCGCAUCGGCUCAUCAGCUGUUGCGGCGUCAUUCGAAGAAUGCGGCGGAGACCGACACGUUCGUCCGCAACAUUUUUCCGUGCUCAAAGUGCGGUGAGGACGUUGGGCUUGGGCGGUGUUGGUCUACUGUUAUUAUGAAAAGCGAUCUCUUUUAAUUGAGAAAAAAAGAAAAUGGAGAUGGUAAUCGCACAAUAUAAACAUCUUGAGGAGAGGAUAUUACAAAACAUCAAACGCAACGGCAUACAACACCGAUCAAAUGCGAAUAGUGGAUUAUGGUUGGGUAUCUUGGUCGGUUUAAGUGCCGCAAUUACAAUAUUGAGGGAAGAGAACAGCUACUCUGAGAUAUGUCUAUGCGUUGGGACUGCAGGCUUUGGUCUUCUUCUCUGUUCCAUCUGCCUUUACAUUCGGCUUUCGAUAGAGAAGGUUGUGGCAAAAGAUUUUCACGCCAUAUAUUUUCUGCCUGCGAUUGUGACAUCUCUGCUUUUUCUAUUUGUGGCUAACAAAGGACUGCUAAUGAGUGUCGUGUGGGGUUUAACUGUCGGAAGUCUGGGCACAUGGAGUGUCCUGCAACUAAUGUCAGCUUUUCCAUAUUGCUUCACUAUGGGAGAGGCAACAGCGGUUAUGCAUAGUUUUGUUUUAUUUUUGAUGUCAGCCGUUACCAAUUUACCCUUGCGAUAUCAUUUACCUCCAAUUCAUGACAAUGACAUCAGCACAGUUGUGUUGCAGGUUGGAAUAUUGUAUGUAGUGUUGGUUUGUCUCCUGUGUGGGUAUUUUCCUAUCCUGCGUAGUACGAAAUACUUUUAUUUAAUGACAAUCAACCUCAUAUGUUUUAUAGUUCUUCCAAUACUUUACAUUAUUCUUGAUCAAAACCCAGUAAUGUGGAUAAUUUCUUUUGUUUUCAGCAGUAAUGAAAGGAUUAUGAUAAUUUUAUAUUGGGCAAUAUGUCUUUUGCUAAGUGUCUUUACAAUUUUGUAUCAGAUAUUAUCAAAAAACCAAGCUACAACCUCGACUAGAAAAUAUUUUCAUAUAUUAGCGGUAUUUGUAUAUAUCCCUGGCAUGAUAUACGAUCCGUCAUUUUUAUAUCUUGCUAGUGGCGUGAUAUUUGCAUUAUUUGUCAUUAUUGAGGUAAUCCGAUUUUUGAACGUCCCACCUUUGGGAGGAAUUUUACAACAAGGAUUUGCUACAUUUGCCGAUGAAAAGGAUUCUUUGCUCUCAUUGACACCUAUAUAUUUACUUUGUGGUCUAUCGUUUCCUCUUUGGAUGCCAACUAAUAAUUUAACACUUAUGGUAUUACUCAGUGGUGUGUUAACAGUAGGAAUUGGUGAUACCGCUGCUAGCUUUGUUGGUAGCAAAUGGGGUUUGCACAAAUGGUUGGGCACACAGAAAAGUAUAGAAGGCACUGUUGCGUGCAUAUUUUUCCAAGUUUGCGUUAUAUUCGGUCUAACAUAUUGCGGUUUUAUGGACAAUCACUGGUUAUUGCUGAGAAGCAUUCUGGCGAUUAUAUCAAUAUCGUUGAUCGAAGGACGCACAAAUCAAAUGGACAAUCUGGCUCUGCCAUUAUUAAUGUAUGUGUGUUUGAUGAUAUAAAUGCGAAUUGUUCUUCCAAAUUCAAUAGCUUAAUCCAAUUAAACUAGUUUUUACUAGUUUAAACUAGUUUUUAAAAACAUAAUAUACUAUCAUUUUAUAGCUAAUUUCUAAACGCCUUCUAUAAUAACGAUAAAAAUAUAAAUAACUUUUACAGAACAUUUUUAAUAUAGUCUUUUUUGCUGUCAGAUUAUACGUUCAAAGUAUAAUAUUAUUGAAAAAUAUAUAUAAUCUAAAAUAUAUAUAAUAUAUAAAGAAGUAUAUUAUUUAACAGCUGUGCUGCGCGCAUGUAAUUAGUUGCAAUCGAAGAUUGCGGAUUGCUGAUAGACUGCUUAAUUUUCUUAAUUUCAAUCAGAGAAACAUUAGCGUUAUUUUUAAUUUAUUGAUUGUACAAAACAACAAGUAUAAUUGGCAUUUAGUUCAAAAGAUGCAAUUAAAAGAAAUGUUGCAAUUAUCUUUAUAUAUGUAUAAAUAUGCAUGUACGUUAUAUUUUUAAGCGAUGAUGCAGUACAAAUAUUUAUACUUAUAAAAGCAUAACACAUUAUAUAUUUAUCUGUGUAUAUAUAUAUAUAUAUAAAUGUAAUGUUUAUACAUAUUUAUGCAUAGACUUAAAUUAUAAAAUGUUUAAAAAAUUGCAUUGGUAAGUGCAAUCAAUUCAGAUAUGGACAUGAAUGUGAAAAUUAUGUAUUACAUGUAAGCUUUACUAACUUAUACUUUCCUAAGAUUUCGAAAACACCGAUUAUGUGCCUGGCAUAUUUCGCUCAUUCCCAAAAAAGCAUUUUUUAUAUGUAAGCCUUGUAAAUUCUUCGAUUAAGUUUAUUAAUAUAUAAUAUAAUAUGAAUAAAACAUAUUUUUUUAAUUA